AUGCCGCCCAAGCCAGCUGUCGCUGCCGAGCGGCUCAGGAAGGAGCUGAGAGCCCGAAAAGCCCGCGCGGAAGCGCUUAAGCAUCUGGAAGCUACCAGUAGCGGUCCAAGCCAAAAAGAAUUGGCUCAACAGCAGCAACUGAGGCAGAAACAGACAGCCAAUGGCACGUCUGCUGCAGCUCAGCGUCGACUGCAUGGCGGGCAGCCGCAGGCGCCUUCAGCUGCUACUAGAUUCGACCCUCGCGUUAGGGACAACACGUUGCACGCAUUGGCCGUGCGACGGGCCCAGGCUCUUCAGAAGACGCACGAGAUCGAGCAAAUGACGGAGAGCUACCGUGUCGAUGUGAAGACGACAGAAUAUAACGCCUUACCACGUGGAUGGCAGCAACACAUGAUCGACUCUAGAUCUGGUGAGUCGUAUUUUUGGAACGAGACGACCAAUGAGACGAUGUGGGAGCGACCUGGGAGUUUGUCAAUGCAGAGCCACGCGGUAGCAGCUGCUGGGUCUACCACUAGUGCAGGACACUUGCCCGAUGGAUGGGAAGCAGUGCCGGAUGCAGCAAGCGGUGACGUUUACUACUGGAACCGAAAGUCGAACGAGACGACGUGGACGCGGCCGACUUUACGAAAGGCAUCAUUAGUGCAAGCGCUUCAGGCGAAAGCAAAGCUUGAUAACAUCCUGAAGGACUGUGGGAAAGCUAAAGCUGUUGACUCCUGCUCGAGUUCAACUACAAAGCCAGGUAAGGAAAGGACCGAUCCGCCUACAGCAGCGAGUGCUGGUGUAGCAUCCUGCAAGCGACGUGCUGCAACAAAUGAGUGUUCUGAAAAGGGUGAGGACAAAAGGCGGAAACGUUCUGAGCGCGAUGGUGAGACCACCAUGUCAAUGGAAUGA